UGCAUUUCGAAUGCCCGGUGUGAACUGGUGUCGUAUACAUGUUUAUCUGAUCAAUAAUAAUUGUAGUGAGAUUUAACUUUUAAGGACAUAAUAAUAAUGUCUGGAGACAUGAUUGGCCAGAUGUAUCCGCCCAUCGAUACAACAUACCCACAUGCCAACAGCACAGUUAAUACAAGGAACACACGAUAUCAUAGAGAAGACACUAAAAGUCAGCAAAGCAGAAGGAACUUGGACCAUAAAGAAACAGCUGAAAACACAGUUGUCGUUGAUAAAUUAAUGGAAACUAUUAAAGAAAAGGACUUAGAAAUUGAAAGACUGCAAAGGAUAAACCGUAAAAUCACAAAACAAAAAGAAGAAACAGAGAAACGUUCAUUACAGUUAACAAGAGAAAUGGCCAAACUUACUACAGUGGGAGGAAACUUCGAAAAUUUAGGUGAUGAACUCUCGAAUUCUGAAAUAACUGCAAGAUUUCAAAAACUGUACUCAUAUGAUUGGGCACGUUUGUUGAGGUGGUUGGUGAAAACUUUUCCUGACGUUUCAGAACUUAAGAUAAUACAGUGUAUUUCAAAGCUGUUGAAGUUUGGCUAUGAAGAAUGUCAAAUCAUAGCUGAUUCCCAAAUUCGACACUUUCUUCUGUUAGACAUGACGGAGACUGUCUCAUCGAAUGAGCAGCAUCAGGAACUGUACUUAUUACGACGAAAAUAUUCACACAGAGAGACUACGAGGACGAAAAUAGUGCAGGUAGUCUUAGAAAGAUUACUUUUGGUAGGCAGCUUGAGUGUUUUCUUCAAAGGCGAAAGAAGAGAAGAUGCAAAACAGAAACUACAUGACUUUUUCAACAAUUAUCUAGACUGUUGCUGGCUUAUGGUAGUUUCAAAUCCACCAAUAACAUUAAAUUUCAACGUUAUUGGAGAAGCAUAUAGGAAAUGUAUGGAGCAAUUCACAAAGUAUUCACCCAAGUCGCCAGUUGAAGACAGAACCAAAAUCGAAGACACUAUAUAUGAAGUUGUGUGGCCAAGUGUCUGCUUGCAUGUUGGUUCAGAAUGCUAUCAAAAAGGUGAUGUUGUUGUAGUAGCAAAGGGGAAAAUCUCAGACAACUCAAACUGUGACUGUUGUACAUUCAAUAAAUAUCAAAAAGACGUUAAUCCGAGUACACGGCGUGUACGUGAAGGUAGAUCAGGUGUACAUGAAGGUAGUACAGGUGUACUUGAAGGUAGAUCAGGUGUACGUGACGGUAGUACAGGUGUACGUGAAGGUAGAUCAAGUGUACGUGAAGGUAGUACAGGUGUACGUGAAGGUAGAUCAGGUAAACGUGAAGGUAGUACAAGUGUACGUGAAGGUAGAUCAGGUGUACGUGAAGGUAGUACAGGUGUACGUGAAGGUAUAUCAGGUGUACGUGAAUAUAGUACAGGUGUACGUGAAGGUAGAUCAGGUGCGAAAGAAAAUGUGUCGAGCAGUAAUAAGACCAAAUCAGAAGAAAAACACAGAACAACAAAACAAUCGUUUGUUUGAUAUCAUGCUAUGGAAUUAACCAUGCUAUUGUACAUAUGUAGCUUAAAAAUUUGGACUCGGUGUAGUGUUAAAGACAAACUCGAAUUAUUCAAAUAUGGCUGACAUGAAAUUUUUGUAAAAUGAAAUAUACAUUAACUUAUGAUUACAUGUCAUAUGAUAUAAAAUUUUAAAUAUC